AUGUUUCUUGUGGAGCUGAAAUGGGUGAAGGCCUUAACCCCUGUUUCUGAGGUGUCGUUGAUUCGAUCGGACCAAGAAGAAGAGAGAGCUCAGGAGAGAAAGGAGGAGGCAGCGAGGAGGAAGCAAGCCGAGGAGGAGGAAGUGACACGGCAACAGGCGGUCAGAGAUAGAGAGCGCCCCGCAGUGGACACGGCCAUCUUAAUCAGCUUUGACUCUGAAGAUGUGGGUCAGAAAUCGGCUGUGCCGACCGCGCUGCUCGUUGAACCAACGUUUAGGGCAGAGGGCCCACUGGAAGUUCCUUUCGACGACUUUUCAGUCAAGAAGCCUGUCACUGAAGUUCUGUUUGAUGACUUCUCCGUCACACCUAGGAGAUGGGGGUCCAAGAGUAGGGUCCCCCAAACCCCAGAGCCAGACUCUGGGCUGGAAGAUGUCUGGGUUCGCCGGGCCCCCGAUGUUGACUCACGGACACAUCAAGCACUGCAGCUAGACCCGGUGAAGGAAUCGGAUGUCCUCCCUCGUCCCUUGAUACCGUGCCUCGUCCCUCAACCCCAGGAGGAACCGAGGAGGCCAUAUGAGUUCCCGACAGUGGAGCAGAAAAAGGCAGAGGUGGUGGAGGAAGAUGAAGAUGAAGAGGUGCAUGAAGAGAAAAAGGAGGAGAGGGAAGGAGGAGUGGCUGAGCUGAAGGAGAAGUGGAAUAGUUUUAGUGCGAAAGGGGAUGGUUUAGACAAUGAGGCUCUGCUCAACAACGAACCCGAGCAGCAGUAUGAAGACCACGAACACGAUGACGUCUCUGAGUCUGAAGCUGAGAGCCCCACACCUGCCCUUGAGCCUCACUCGGACGUCCACCUGGAUGAAUUGGAUGGUGUUGAACCCCAUACUGAACCAGAGCUGCCUGCUUUCCCAGAGAGCUCCGCCCCUCUGCUGGACAACAAGGCCCUGCGGUCGAAGGCGGAGCUGAGGAAGAGGAUGAGCCAGCGGACACGUCGGCCCAGGACACGCCAGAGCUCGCCCGGGGUCUUCCUCAAUGAAGACUCCACCUCCACCCCUGACUGGAGAGUCAGCGACAACACAGAGGAAACCGCAGAGUCAAACGAGGACGAGAAGGAGAAGAGAAGUGUGAAGGGCCCGCCCACCUCCCAGCGGAGCCCCGUCUUCCCUGGCUUAGAGAGCAGUCACUCAGCCCUGGUGGCUCAGUUGAAGAAGAAAACCGGAGGUGGAGGAGGAGGUGGAGGAGUGGAAACGACACCGGUGAAGGACAAGGCCGCAGCCGCCCGGGAAGAACUAGCAGCUCUCACCCCCUCUCCAUCCAUGCGCUCCCCGCGUUCGGCCGCCCUGCUCCCCGGGGCGGCUCGGGUGCUGCCCCCUAUAGGUGGCAAGGAUGACGGGACGGGCUCUUCUCCCUCGUGGAUGCAGGAGCUGAAGAAGAAGAGGAUGAGUCAGCAGGAAAGUGGGUCCUAACGGCACGCUGGGUUGUGAAGAGCAUUUGCACAGUGGCUUUAAAUCAGGAGUCACUGCAUCACAGCUGGCCAGCGUCUUGUCUUGGUGCUCGCACCGUGUUUGAACCUCCAGUGCCUUAUUACUGUCUUCUGGAUGUGUGCCGAUGAUGCAGCGAAAGGGAGUUAGCCAGGAUUUUGCUGUCAAAAGCACCCAAGAAAAAAAAAAAGAAAUCAUCAAUAUGUUGUGAGUUGACGAGUGCCUUUCAAGGUGGUAUCUCGAGGACAAUGCUUUCUUUAUGAAUCGUCAGUGUGAUUCUGAGCGACACUAUGGACCACCUUUCUGUUCUUUUUACUGCUUUUAUUUUGAUGUCUGAAUGAAUUUUGGCUGUGAUUGCAUUUACCAGAGUUGAUUGAAUGGUGGCUGUUCUGUUGAUAGCAUUGUCAUGCGCAGAUUAGAUUAGAGAGGUUUAUGCAGUGACAAAUGUACGAAAAAGGACAGAUGUAAUGGGUUGCUUUUUGUUUUUUUAGGGUGAACAUCUGAAUGUUAUUCACGUGAUUGCGGCCCUGGCACUGGUAUAUGUUAACCUGCAAAAUUGCACCUUAAGAAUAAAGAUGAAAAAUUACAUCAAUCCUGCAUAUUUCAUUAAAUCGGUGACAGCAGAGGUAACAUGAUUUAUAUUGAAUGAAUAUAAUAUAAUAAGUAAAAACACUAUCCAGGUAAUGUGUGAUUGUUAUUAUUGUUCAUAAGUAUGUUUUCUAUGUUGUAAUCAUAUUUGUAUGUAUGUCAAAUGCAGGGGAAUCAUGGGAAAUACAUUUUCUAAAAACU